CCUAUUGCUGAACUGCUCAAGGACCCCUGGAGCCUAAUAGUUGCAAAGUUCUGUAAAUAGUCACUGUCUUUAUGGCGCCUUUUCCCCAGUCAGGAAAGGAGGUGCCCUGCUUCAAGUCUUUCCAGUUAGACUGAAGUUUAACAGAAGGGGCUUGCCUUCUGAACAGCUGAAAGUCAGUAUAACGGAAAUAACAGCAGCUCAUCUCAGGACAGUUCCUGAACCACUUGCUCCUGAGAGCAAGUUGCUCUCAAAACUAAGGUACUGGGAUAAUGGUUACAUUUCCAUCUUUUCCAGUUCACACUGAAGACACCAUUCGUUGUUCAUUCAGAAAGUCAAUCAGUGAACAGACAUUUAUUCAAGACCUUUCACCAUGAGAACAAGCCUGGCAAGCCUGCUGAAUGAGGAAAGGGGUGACCCAUCACAACUGACUGACAGCUGCAGGGUGAUACCACUUCCUCACCCUGCCAACCCUCUGCAGAUGCUUGAAAGAGCCAGGCAAGAUCAGCUGAGCCUGGCCCAGAGUAGGAUAACCACCCACUGACCUUCAGACAUCAAUGAUUGUGCGCUUCCUGACCAAGAGAUUCAUUGGCGAUUACGAACCGAAUACAGGCAAGUUGUAUUCAAGGCUUGUCUGCGUCGAGGGAGACCAGCUGUCCCUGCAGAUCCAGGACACCCCCGGGGGAAUCCAGGUCCAAGACAACCUCAUGCAGGUGGUUGACUCCCUGUCCAAAUGGGUGCAGUGGGCAGAGGGCUUUCUGCUGGUCUAUUCCAUCACAGACUAUGACAGCUACCAGUCCAUCCGCCCCCUUUACCAGCACAUCCGGAAGGUCCACCCUGACUCCAAGGCCCCUGUCAUCAUCGUGGGCAACAAGGGAGACCUUCUGCAUGCCCGGCAGGUGCAGACCGAUGAUGGUGUUCAACUAGCCAAUGAGCUAGGCAGUCUGUUCCUUGAAAUCUCCACCAGUGAAAACUACGAAGAUGUCUGUGAUGUGUUUCAGCAUCUCUGCAAAGAAGUGAGCAAGCUGCACAGCCUCAGUGGGGAGAGGAGAAGGGCCUCCAUCAUUCCUCGGCCGCGCUCUCCCAACAUGCAAGACCUGAAGAGGCGCUUCAAGCAGGCUCUGUCUCCCAAAGUUAAAGCCCCCUCUGCGCUGGGGUAAACCCACCUCAGACAGACUGCCUCCUUUUUAUUGUGCAGCUGAGAAGACUGGUGGGGGGAGGGGGGUGUCUUCGUUUUUAAUCACACAGAGUUUAUUUUUAUACAGACUAUUGGUUUGCAAGUGUAUGUGUAUUUCUGAAAAUUCAGUAUUGCCUAGAAGCUGAAGAGUUGUUUUUUUAAUAAAACUUUUCUUUUUUUACUGUAACUGCUAGCCACCUUUCCAUUAAAGGCAAAAUGGCAACAUUU